GCGCGGUAUUUGUUGCUCCUCCUAUCCUAAUGGUGGCGCUGAUGCGUUUCUUUUACCAGGCGAGUGAAACUCAUUGCACAUCCGGUUAGGGCGCCGCAUUUCGUUUGGUCGUGAAGAUGCCGAAGUUUUACUGUGAUUACUGUGACACAUACUUAACGCACGACUCGCCAUCGGUAAGGAAGACUCACUGUAGUGGCCGCAAACACAAAGAGAAUGUAAAAGACUACUAUCAGAAAUGGAUGGAGGAGCAAGCGCAGAGCCUGAUAGACAAGACUACUGCUGCUUUCCAGCAGGGGAAAAUUCCACCCACGCCAUUCCCAGGUGCUGCUCCUCCGGGUGGAUCGCUGCUGCCUCAUCCUAAUAUCAGUGGACCUCCUAGGCCAGGCAUGUUACCAGCUCCUCCAAUGGGUGGCCCUCCAAUGAUGCCCAUGAUGGGUCCUCCUCCACAUGGAAUGAUGCCUGGUGGUCCAGGUCCAGGUAUGCGGCCCCCAAUGGGUGGGCAUAUGCAAAUGAUGCCAGGCCCCCACAUGAUGCGACCUCCUGCUCGGCCAAUGAUGCUACCUGUUAGACCCGGCAUGGCUCGACCGGAUCGAUAGAAAGAACUGUUGUGCCAUGAUUGCCCUUUUCUUUGAAACAAAGACUCAGAUGCACACAUCAGCUUUGCCAUUAAGUUCAGUGGUUUCAGCAACAGAAAAUCAUUGACUUUCAUUUAACCAGACUCUUUUCUAACAUGGAUGUCCAUCUUUUUCCCCCCAGGAAAAUUUCUCAUUUGUUAAUUAAAAUACAAUGUGAUAUAUCUCUAA